CAAUAUUUUAUCUUUCAACUCCCUUUGCGAUUAGGCAAAUUCAAUAGUUAUAAUUCAAAUGGCCUCACUCAUUGUCAGUAGCCGUUUCGAUCGCAUCUUGUAUUUAUCAAACAAAGAAGAAGAAGAAGGAGCAAGUUCCGUGGGGGUGUACUGGACGCAGCCCGUUGCUUCAAUACGUAAAUCUUCCUUCUUCUCAGAUUUAUUUAUUUAUUUGCGUUCAUAAAUCGAUGAAGCAAUCAUAAAGAACAUUAUUGCGAUUACCCAGUAUAUAUGUACAUAGAGUCUAUUAACACCAAGUAUAUACACUCUAACAGAAUUCCGACAGAGGAGAUAAAGAAGGAUACAUAUCGAACUGUUAUUUGUGCGAGUUAUCUCUCAACUGGUUAUUCAGUCAAUUUCUCAACUGGUUUCACUUGGAAUGUGUUAAUAAUGGAAAAUUUCAUCUCCAAAUAUUUGACCGGAAGAAUGUUGUAUAUUAACGUAGCAGUUUGUUUAUCAAUUUUAUUAUUGAUUAUUGGCUUAUCCGUUGGAUUAAAUGCAAAUAAAUUGAAAGGUAGCGAUGUAUUAGAUUUGGCACCUCUUAUCGAUGGACACAACGAUUUACCAUUUAAUUUGUACGAGAAAUUAAAUAACAAUUUAAAAGAAUUCCCAUUUGAAAAAUUACUCGUUAAUGAUCCAGUUUGGGGAAGAGAAGCAUGUCCAACGUGUUACACGGAUUUACCUCGUUUAAAAGCUGGAAAAGUUGGUGGGCAAUUUUGGGUUGCAUACGUACCGUGUAAUUCUCAAUAUAAAGAUGCGGUACAAUUGACGCUUCGGCAAAUAGACGUGAUCAAGAGAUUCAUAGAUCUUUAUCCAGAACAUUUGCAAUUUGUUAAAUAUGCCAAAGAUAUUGAAGUUGUUUGGAGAAGUGGUCGAAUUGCAUCGAUGAUCGGGGUUGAGGGUGGUCACUCUUUAGACUCCAGUUUGGCUAUUUUGAGGAUUUAUUAUGAAUUGGGAGUUCGUUACGUCACGUUAACGCAUACUUGUCAUACACCCUGGGCUGAUGCAUCGCCCAUUAACGACGGAUAUCUAUACAAUCUAACAGAAUUUGGAAAAACAUUCGUUCACGAAAUGAAUCGUCUUGGUAUGUUAAUCGAUCUCUCACACGUUUCUCACAAUGUUAUGAGACAAGUUCUUACUAUUUCGAGAGCACCCGUUAUAUUUUCUCAUUCCUCUGCAUUUGGUAUUUGUAAUAAUUAUCGAAAUGUUCCCGACGACGUCCUGCGCUUGGUUGGGGAAAAUGAAGGUAUCGUUAUGGUGAAUUUUUACUCGCAAUUUGUUAAUUGCAAUACAUCCAGAAAUGCAUCUAUGCAAGACGUCGUAGAUCAUAUUAAUUAUAUUAGAAAAAUCGUUGGAGUAAAUUACGUGGGUAUAGGCGCCGAUUAUGAUGGCGUAAAUGCAGUACCUGAAGGCUUAGAAGACGUAUCAAAGUACCCUUCCUUGUUUGAACGUUUGUAUGGACAUCAUGAAGGAGAGCCGGAAUGGAGUAGAGAAGAUUUGGAAAAAUUAGCUGGAAAAAAUUUUAUCAGAGUUAUGACAAAAGUAGAAAUGGUACGUAAUUCAAUGUCGUCGAUUCCGCCAAUCGAAGAUAUUAUAAAUGCACAAGAUUUGUUCGAAGCGCAAAAGAAUGCUGGACUUGAACCAGGAUCAUGUCAAACUGCAAAAGAAUGGAAUGAGAUAUUUUCUACGAAUAUUGACAAUUCUACUGUGCCACCUAAACCGACUCAAUAAUAUUAUUAGGAAAAAGAAAAUGUAUAUUUUCGAAUUUAACAAGACAGAUACAAUUAAUAAGUGUUUUUAAUAUAUGGUACAUUCUUGCAUUAUAUUAGAAAUAUUAGGCUUCUCGCUUAUUCCAAUUUACACAGCCAACAGUUCAUGUUAUAUCUGGUAAUGUCACAAAACUCUUUCCUGAAAAAACAUUAUUUAUGAUAUGAUAUUAUAAUAUUUAAAAAAUAAAAAUCUAUUAUAUUUAUA